GGCCGCCGUCCAGGAGCCGGUGCGAAAGGAGGCCGAGGGGCUGGGGUCGCGGAGUCGGACUCGGGAACCCGCCUGGAGAUGGAGUUCGACUGCGAGGGUCUGAGACGGCUGCUGGGCAAGUGUUCACUCGGCCUCUGUAAGGUCCAACUCAGAUGCCAGUGCCUGGGAGAUAGAGGCAGUCCAUUCGCUCUGCCGGCUUUCGGAAAUAUCGAUGAUCCAUCACAUCGAGGGUCAUUGUGUCCCUGCACACCGUACUCGUGCUUCUGGACGCCGCCCUCGCCUGGGCCUCCCCACGGCGGAGGUGCUCAGUGACCCUGCGGCGGAGGAAGGACGGGAGUAGAUUGAGGCAUGAAGACGGGGCUGGAAGGCCCAGAGGAGGUCCCCUUAGCCUUGGAAGCACAAGUCUACAAGAUAGGUAUUAUUUCUCUUUGCAAAUAAGAAAAAUUCAAAGAAAUUAAAUGAUUUUGCCCACAGGGCAACCAAGGUCACGUUUUUUGGGAGUGCAUCUGGAUGAAUGAGGAGACAGUUCACUCAGCCUGACUGCAAACCUAUGCAUGCUUUUUUUUUUUUCUGUUCUCCCUUUGAAACCCAAGAUGCAGUACCAGGAGGGUUGGAAGGGAAAUUCAAGUACAAGUUCAGGGAUCUAACUGUGGAAGAACUAAAGCAUGUAAAUAUGUUUUUCCCACAUUUCAGAUAUUCCAUGGACACCUAUGUUUUCAAAGAUAGUUCCCAGAAAGACUUGCUGAAUUUCACUGGUACUGUUCCUGUGAUGUAUCAGGGUAAUACAUAUAACAUACCAAUUCGUUUGUGGAUUUUGGAUUCUCACCCUUUUGCUCCCCCCAUUUGCUUCUUAAAGCCAACUGCAAAUAUGGGAAUCUCAGUUGGAAAACAUGUGGAUGCUCAAGGCAGAAUAUACUUGCCCUACCUCCAAAACUGGAGCCAUCCUAAAUCUGUUGUUGUAGGAUUAAUUAAAGAAAUGAUUGCCAAGUUUCAAGAGGAACUUCCCCUGUAUUCUCUAUCAUCAUCUGAUGAGGCACGGCAGGUGGACUUGCUAGCCUAUAUUGCAAAAAUCACUGAAGGUAUCUCAGACAUAAAUUCAAAGAACUGGGCAAAUCAUGAGAAUAAAACAGUAAAGAAAAUUACUGUGGUUGGAGGUGGAGAACUGGGAGUUGCCUGCACAUUAGCAAUUUCAGCAAAGGGCAUUGCAGACAGACUUGUCCUCUUAGACCUCUCAGAAGAGACUAAAGGAGGGAUGAUGGACCUUGAGAUCUUCAACCUGCCUAAUGUGGAGAUCAGCAAAGAUUUGUCUGCCUCUGCUCAUUCCAAAGUGGUCAUCUUUACCGUUAACUCUUUGGGUAGUUCUCAGUCCUACCUUGAUGUGGUGCAGAGAAAUGUGGAUAUGUUCAGAGCCCUUGUCCCAGCUCUGGGACAUUAUAGUCAACACAGUGUCCUGCUUGUUGCAUCUCAACCAGUGGAGAUCAUGACAUAUGUGACAUGGAAACUGAGUGCAUUUCCUGCAAAUCGAGUAAUUGGAAUUGGAUGCAAUCUGGACUCACAGAGGUUACAGUAUAUUAUUACAAAUGUUUUAAAGGCAGAGACUUCAGGAAAACCAGUGUGGGUUAUUGGUGAGCAGGGAGAAGACAAAGUUACCAAAUGGGGUGGCCAAGAAGAAGUCAUGAGUCAUAACUCUCAGGUGCAGCUGUCCAGCAGAGCCAUGGAACUAUUAAAGGUAAAAGGUCAAAGAUCCUGGUCUGUUGGACUAUCAGUAGCUGACCUGGUUGACAGUCUUAUAAAUGAUAGAAAGAAAGUGCAUUCUGUAUCAACUUUAGCAAAGGGAUAUUAUGAUAUAAAUAGUGAAGUGUUUUUAAGUUUGCCUUGCAUCCUUGGAACCAGUGGGGUAUCUGAAGUCAUCAAAAGCACAGUGCAAGAAGACAGAGUGACUGAGAAGCUCCAGAGCAGCGCCUCCUCACUCCAUGAUCUCCAGCAACAGUUAAAACUUUAAGUCCAAAGUUCACAGCUACCUGGAGGGAAGCGUCAUUUAAUUUUGCCAACAUAUAUAGGGUUGAGAACUUCUGUAUCUUAUUACUUAUCCUUACAAACUGCUUGGUUAAGGUAGAUGGUUUUUUGGUUGGUUUUGUAAUUUGAAUUCUUAGGGAGUUAGAUAAGGAGGGGGAAAAUCUGAUUUUCUUUGUCGUUCUUUAUAUAACUACUAGAGGCCCGGUGCACGAAAUUCUUGCAUGGGUAGGGUCCCUAGGCCUGGCCAGCAAUCAGAGCCAAUCAGGGUCCCUGCCUCCCCGUCUCCCUGCCUCCUCCUUCCCUCGCUCCCUCAGCGCCCCGCCACUGCCACUGGUCGCCUGCCAUGUUCCGCACUGCCCCUUGGUGGUCAGCGCACGUCAUAGCAAGCGAUCAAACUCCCAGUCGAACUCCCGAGGAAACACUUUGCAUAUUAGCCUUUUAUAUAUAGAUAUUCUUUAAACCUAUAGCGGAGAUGAACUUUAUCUGCAAAAUGCAUCAUGUAAAAUUAUGUAUCCUCAACUGAAAGCACAUUCAGCACUUUGGGAAUAUUUUGAAAGUAAUAUAUUUUUAGAAGAAAAGUACUCUUCAACUGUUAGAGUAAACAUGCUAAGUCAAAGGGUCAGUAUGGAUUUGCCAAAUCUGUGCUAGGUAUAUAGUCAAAGGAUCCACAAUUUAAGGUAUAAAAAUAAAGUUGGUAGUAAUGGUAAUAAAGCAUUUUGUUUUCCUUCUUCAAUUAAUUAGCUACCAAACAAUGGAAAAGAAUUUUACAUGUACUUUAAAAUAGUAAAAGGGAAAGUGAAUUUUUUUAAUAUAUGAAGAAAAAGUAUAGUUUACCUUCCAGUGGAACUGUCCUUUUUGAAAUUUUCUAUAACCUCUUUCUGGGCUAUCAGAAUUCUAACAUCUCAUAAAUUCACAGUAAUAUUAGUAGAAUCAUAGAGAAAUGUGUAUUUUCAGUGAAAAUAGAUUGUGAAUGAAAGCCAAGCAGUUUACUUUUAAGCUAAAAUAUGAGGUUGUCAUAAAAGCCAUUGGUUUUAAAGGGGGAGAGGUUGGAUGAACUGAUUAUUCUGAGCAGAUCCUUUAACAAUUCCUAAAGAAACAAUCAGAGUACAUACGCUUUGGUGAUGGUUCAAUAACAAUAUCUUCAUAUGUGAAAGAUUGCAUAUCAUUACUGAGGUGGCAUACAACUAAUAGUAACAACCAACAUGAACACUUGAUGUUUCAGGCAGUGUGAUGAGCACUUUAUUAUUUUGUUGAAUCCUCACUGUAAACCAUUGAGGUGGGGAUUAUCAUCCUCAUUUUAUAGAGGAGGAAACUGAGCUUUAGUGACCAAGAUCUCAUGGGUAAAGGGCACUUAUCCAUACAACCUCUACUUUUUCUAAUUGCUAGUAGAGGGAAAAGGCCUAAUAGCCAAAAUAGUCACCACAGGCCCCUAAAGCUGGGGUUCUGUACCUUCCAUUCUCAUGUAGGAUCUGACUUCCCCUCCAACGUAGUUUUUAGAAAGAUUGAUUCCCUGACUUCCCAGAUUUUCCCUCAGCAAAUGGCAGAGAGGGGUAUGCACUGCGGUAGGUGCUUAUUUAUUUGGUUAUUCAGGUAGUAUUGACUGGGAGCCCACUAUACCGCAGCACUGCAUUUUUAGGCACUGCAGGUACAGUGGUGAGCAAACCUGGGUUAGGUACAAGCCCUUAAGGUCCUUAUAAUCUAGUAUGGCAUACACAGUGAUCAAAUGUCACAAAUAAAUAUACAAUUGAAAAUGUAAUAAGUUCUGCGAAGAAGUCCAGGUGCUUUGAAAGUGUAUCAUAAAUAAAUGGUCAGAGAGAUAGGAGCCCAAUGGUUUAAAGGAGAGAUACAUCCUAGAUAGAGAGGAAACCGUCGAUCUAAUGCUGAUUUAGUAUAAUAAUGUUUAUAAUGAUGAGCUUAAAUCAUUAAGAAAAGAUGAGAGUAUAUUCAGUAUAUAAUUCAGUUUAUAUUAUAUCCUGUGUUUAAAAAGUAGGAAAGUAAUAUGCUUGGAAAGAUUCCCACCAGAAUUAACUAGUAUAAAAACCUUGGACAUUUGAGAGAGAUGAGCAUAGUUCUGGUGUAAGUUCACUAGAUGGGUAGAUUAUUUUGGUGUUACUCUAACAAUGUAUCCUCAUUGUCCAUUUGUAUGAGAUAGGAAAGUAAAACUGAAAGAACGAUUCUUACGUUUUUUAGAAAUACAACUAGCCUUUUCUAAUAUCAGGUACCUAAUGAGAAAUUAGAUAAUUUUACUGUCUACUAUGCUCUAAAACAUAAACCUAACCACAAGAUACUGUAUUAUAGAUGAAUUGCCAAUAAUUUGCUACAUUAUAGAAACAUGACAAUACAACAGAUAUUUAUUGAGCACCUAUUAUUAUUCCAAGUACUAUGUUAGAAUCUGAAUAUUCAAAGAUGAGAAACAGCCCUUGCCCUACAGAAGCCCACAACAUAGAAGUAAUUCUAUCAGACAGUUCCUUGAGUGUUGAAUAUUAUCAGUUAUGUUGUAAAUUCCAUAUACAAGUCAAGAAGUAGUACCACCACUAUCUCACUAUGAUUUGGUAAUAAUUUGACAUUUGUGAUGCUGCUAUUAAGUUUCACUUUUUUAUUUUUCCAAAAUCAUGCAAUAUCUCUUGUUCUAAGUUUUAGUGAUGCUUGGAUUAAAAUGAUUCUUUGAUAUUGUAGCAGAAAUAAAUAUUUAUUUUUCCAGUUUUACAUUGCGAUUUUCCUUAAAUGUCAAAAAUUAUGAAAAAAAUAAACUUUGACUUUAAAAUUAC